AUGGGUAAUCAGUUUAAAAACGUCGCAAUUAUAGCCUGCCUUAAAACAUUGCUUUUCAUCUUCAAUAUUGUUUUUUGGUUGGCAGGUCUCCUCAUCUUGGUGGUAGGCCUCUGGGCUGAAUUUGAUCUGUACAAGUAUAUGGAGUUGUCUCCAGAAUUCUCCGGAACUGCUCCCCACGUCAUCAUAGGAAUCUCCGGCCUGAUAGUUCUCAUCAGCUCAGUGGCUUUCUCGUGCAUUAUCAAAGGCCAGCCGGUUCUGCUGUACAUUUAUGGAGGAUUCCUAGUAUGCAUUUUCAUGAUGGACGCCGGCGUGGGGGCAUCAGUAGUCUGCUACCGUGACACCUUCGCCAAGGGUCUCCACGAUGGACUCACCCACACCAUCGUUAAUUACAACCCACAGAAACCUAAUUUCGACUUUGCUCAAUCUACGUUAUACUGUUGCGGCGUAAACAACUACACUGACUGGAUGCGUCUGUCGCCACAAAGAGUGAUUCCCAUCUCCUGCUGCCUCGACCCCAAUCGCUGCGUCACGGCCAAUUACAACGACGUCUACCAAAGGGGAUGUUACGAAGUUAUUACGGAAUACUUGAUCAACAACAUGAACAUACUCAUUGGCGUGGCGGUGGGCACGGCUGUGUUACCACUCGUGGGCGCGCUCCUCUCUUGCUCACUGGCCAGAUUCAUUGAGAAAUCAAAAUAUGACGUCAUCAAUUAA